AUGGACAGCGCCAUUUCCAACAAGGGAGCGUCGUGGUCGCUGCAGAACACCCAGGCCCCAUCCGCAGACCGCGGGGUAAUGGCUCUGUUCUCGCUCAAGGGGAAGACAGCCAUCAUCGCCGGUGCCGCCGCGGGAAUAGGCCUUGCCGUCGCUCAAGCGUACGCUGAAGCCGGUGCCAACGUUGCCCUGUGGUACCACAGCAACAAGUCGGCUCACGACCGCGCUGCUGAAAUCGAGAAGAAAUACGGUGUUCAAUCCAGGGCAUACCAGGUCAACGUUCAGGAACCCCAGCAGAUCGAAAACGCCGUCCAGACCGUCCUCAAGGAGUUCAACGGCCGUCUCGACAUCUUCGUCGCCAACUCUGGCAUUCCUUGGACCCAGGGCGCCGUGACGGCUGGCCAGCUCGAUCACUAUCGCAAGGUCAUCAGCACCGACCUCGACGGAGUUUACUACGCCGCACGGGCCGUGGCACCGGUCUGGCGGCGACAGAAGCAAGAAGGGACGGAUAUCAAUGGAAACAAGCUCCACAACUUCACGUACGGUAGCUUCAUCGCGACUGCGUCGAUGAGCGGACACAUUGUCAAUGUCCCGCAAUUGCAGGCGGCAUAUAACGCUGCAAAGGCCGGAGUCAUCCAUCUCUGUAAAUCCCUGGCGAUGGAGUGGGUACAAUUCGCCCGUGCCAAUAGCAUAUCUCCGGGAUAUAUUGCUACCGAACUGUCUAGCUUUCUUGGUGAAGACACGCUGAAGAUGUUGCAGGGCAAGAUCCCAAUGGGCCGCGAGGGACAGCCACACGAAUUGGCUGGUGCAUACGUGUACUUGGCCUCUGAUGCUUCGAGCUACACCACUGGCACGGAUAUCAUCGUUGACGGUGGAUACACUUGUCCCUAA